CUGACAGCGGGCGAGAAAGAGUGUGAUAAAAAAUAUCUCGGAUUAUUCUAGUCGCUCGAAAAGCACGGGGAGGGGAAGAAUACGUGCAGAAUCCGACAGAAACAACGUUCACCGUGUGCAAUCCGGCCGACAAAACGCAAGUGCAUGCAUAGAAAAUGUCCAGUGAAACCGAGAGCAGCAGUGGCAGUGAAAGAACUUGACCUAAUUUGUUAGUGCACUAACCCACCGAAAGCAAAACGCAAACCAACACCACCCACCACCACCACCUCUUGCGCGUGCAGCUGCAGCUCAACGCGGAAACACGGAGAAGGUCGAAGACGGCCAGCAGACGGUGUGCGGAGUAGUAACCGAUUCGCGGAGGAGUUUGCCAGUGGCAUAGCGCAGUGCUGCAACAGCAAACCGUGCCGACAGUGUGCAGUUCAUUCAUACAAUCCUUCUACCGAGUGGUGGAUUCCUUACCAAGUUCUUUAGAAGGAGCUGAGCGGAAAGUUUACAGAAGCCUGUAGCUUUAGCCGGUUGGAAAAUAAGGAAACGAUCCGCCAAUACAGGAGUAAAGUACGACAGCGAGCCGACGUGUUAGUGCCAGCGUAACAUGUCCGAGCUUUCGGUCGAACCGAAACGGUUAAGUCCCAUCGACGAGCUGAUAUCGCCCACCGUUCGCGUGAUCCGGGAGGUGUACGAAGGUGAAAAUGCGCACGAAAUGUUCCAGUCCGACCUCAACAAAGCACUGUUCGAUAAGGUGCGCUUCAUCGUCAUCGAACCGACGCGGCUCGGCGAGGAAACGGAACGAUGGAUUGCGGUCGGCAACUGUCUGCACAAAACCGCCCUGAUUAGCGGGACCGCAUCGAUAGCAAUCAGUCUCAUCUGGCGGGAAAAGCUCACAAUCUACAGUGCUUCCUUUUGUGCCGUAUCGAUGUUCUGCACAAGCCUGUACGCCAUCUGCUGGACCUGCGAUCCGUGCGUCGAGUAUCAGGUGGAGCGUAAGCAGCGAAACCUCAUGAAAAUCCCCGUCCCGGAAGGAGCAUCCUCGCCGGUAGUGCUGGUGCACAAGGGCAAUCGGCUCGCCACGUACAGCCACCGAAUAGUGACCACGCUGGCGGCGUCCGUCUGCGUCUGGACCAUUUAUAGAGCAUUGAAAUAGGAGAGCGAAGAAAGGAUUCAAAUCGAACGCAACGUUAGUGGUGGUGGUGGUGUUGGUGGCGUGCGUUCCAUAUUCCCCUGCCCUUGUGCUCGUUGUUACACUACUAUCCGCUUCCGAUUCGAAGAGAUGUUGGCAAAAAGAAACGUUAAACGUGUGCUGGCGGAGCAAAAACAAAACAACCACACUGCCACUAAACUGCAAAACACACACACGGUGGUGGAGUGGUGAGUGGCGAUGACGCGGAAACGAUCAAACUGUAAUCAGCCAAGCGAGAAGCGCACGUGUGCAGCACCACCUUUUUAUCUGUUAGAUUAGGUGUUAGUAAAUCCUUUCCUUCCGAAACCGUCGGAAUGUUAAAUGUAAUAAGAGAUGCAGGCAGGCGCUGUGUUGUUGCCGAUGGUUGAAGUGUUGGAGUGCUCAAAAGCGCAAAUCACAACGCAACAUUGUUGUAGAAAUUGUUGGUGAAGAGUACGAAUUGUCCGCGCUCUAAUUGUGACUGAUAUUAUAUGUAUAUCGUGCUGCAGUUGAUGUCGCUUUCGGUUGGGGUAUGUCGAUAUCGACACGCUUGCCAAAGGAUCCUAGGAAGUCAUGAUCAAAGAUCGCAUCCAUGCUACACAACCACUUGUACUAGGGGGAGAAAAAAGGACGGACAUCAUGAAAAGGCGCAAAGAUAUGGGAUUGAAGAAAUUGUUUGCAUUUGUUUCUAUUAACACAAACCGGAAAGCUUCACGUUAGGGCAGAGUUAGACACAUUUUGGCGUUUAAUUCUAGGUCUGUUUUCUUUUUGUUUUAGUGCGCUUUUAUUUUCUAUGGAUUCUUCGUUACAUCUCGAACUGUGUCUAUUUAAAACCUGUUUCGUAAAUCCUAUUGUAAGAGAUGGGGUCAAAGGUACGUUCUAUGGGCGAGACUGGAGAAGGAAAAAAGACGCUUUUUUAGACUAUUGAAACGGCUACUGGUGAGGUGAGGGGGUGGAGAAAAUCGAAUAGAAAAGGCUGAUUAGGUGGUUCACACCCUCUAACACGUGCGGGACGAUAGAGACAGUGGGCGGCAGAGGGGGCAUGAUGAGGAGGAUGAAUAAGAAAAGAGAACUUAUAAAGCGAGAAAAGCAAUUUUAGCUGCAUUUAAGAAGAUAAGGAGCCAAAUAGUAGUAUUUCAAACGACAAUUUACCCCACACCACACGCACAUCGUGAGAUGGCUGCGUCGUGUGCACCGAAAUGUUGUGUGGUGUUUGGCGGAUAGCUGAGAGUGUAAAGAGGAAAAGGGGAAAUAAAAAGAGAACACGAGUUUCUUUAUUUUGAGCUAAUAUUUUGCUCAGAAUGGAGGUUGCUCAUGGAUAGAGAAUUGAUGCGAAUAAAACUAAACGGAACGAAUCGUCGUUGAUUUCAGCUACAA